GAGUUCAAGCGCAAGAACAAGAAGGACCUCACCGGCAACCCGCGCUCCAUGCGCCGCCUCCGCACCGCCUGCGAGCGCGCCAAGCGCACGCUCUCCUCAUCGACGCAGACGUCAAUCGAGAUUGACUCGCUCUUCGAGGGCAUCGACUUCUUCUCGUCCAUCACGCGCGCGCGCUUCGAGGAGCUCUGCAUGGACCUCUUCCGCUCCACCAUGGAGCCGGUCGAGAAGUGCCUCCGCGACUCGAAGAUGUCCAAG